GAAUAUCAACUGAAAUUCCUAGUUUGUUUUUAGGCACCCAAAUUCCCGUUAUUAGUUAAUAGCACCCAUAUUUCGUUAGCGUUUUCUGUUCUGUUUUAAUUUUUUCUUUUUCUUUUUUUCCUUUGAGAAAAACAAGGACACGGUGGUGUUUCCUCCCUCGGGGGAGGUUUCUACUUUAACGCCAGAAUCUGAAACGACAACAACAUUCGACGUUUAUUGUACGUGUCUGUUUCUGAUUUUCUGUUGUUACCGUACUCCUCCAUCCUCCCAAUCCAACGUUUAUCCAUUGCCCAUACUUGCAUCAAAAUCCAACUUUUGUCAAAAACGCAACACCAAAAAUAUGAUUUUUUUAAACCCAAAAAAUAUAUAGAAGAAAAAAAAAAACCUUAAUGGAUAACUGAUGAUCGACCUCCACAAUUGAACCCCUUUAUUCCGUUGUCUUCCUAAGGGCAAGGACAACAAUCUGGUACUCCCAAUUUCUAGAUUUCAUCGAAACCUCGGUUGUUUUGCAUUGAUUAGUGAAAAUUGGCAUGAAAAAAAAUCGAUUUUAAUUGGUGGGUGGUUGGUGGAUUCGGUUUUUCCUCGAUCUAUUGAUCUGGGGUCGUGGCUUUCUUAGUUUUGAUGAUGACCAUGAAUAAAGGGUCACUUGAUUACUGGAGGAACUACUUUAGAGCUUCAAACUCAGACAUAUUUGACAUCAUUGGCCAUGCGAUCAUGGUGGCUGCUUCUGAUUGCCCAAAGGAGUUCAGGUUGAGGAGAGAUGGGAUAGCAGAGAGGUUGUUCUCUUGCAGGUUGAGUCGCUGUUUGGGGUGUGAUAGAGUGGAGUUGUCUGUGUCAAUGGAUGAUGAAGAUGGUGAUGAUGAAGGUGGUAGUGGUGGUGGUGGUGGUCGCAAGAGUGACUUUGAUGGGGAUGGUGCUGAGUUUGAGUUUGAAGCAGGUGCAAGUAAGGAGAGCAAGGUCAAUAGUAGUAGAGAUGAUCAUGGAGAGAUGAACCUGAAUCAAGUUAGCAAUUACAGCUAUGGGGAAGCUGAGGCAUUGACUGAUGAGAUUGAAGAAGAGUCUAAGCAUGUUGAGGAGGUGUUCAGGAUCAAGGAGAUUUUGCUUAACUAUGAAGAAGAGUCUGAUUCAGUGCUAUUGGAUUCAUUGAGGAGGCUUAAGCUAAUGGAACUCACUGUGGAUCUUCUGAAGGCAACUGAGAUUGGGAAGGCUGUCAAUCCUCUGCGAAAGCAUGGAUCAAGGGACAUUUGUCAACUAGCACGGACUCUUAUAGAUGGUUGGAAGGAAAUGGUGGAUGCAUGGGUCAAGGCUACCCCACCUAUUACAGGCUCAGAAGGUACACCAGAUUCAGUAAAUCCAUCUGUUGUUGAUGAUGAAGAAGGGCUUCCAUCACCUCCUAUGGAUGAAGGGGCUUUAUUUGCUGCUCCAACUGGUUCAAUGGAACUCUCACAGUUCUUUGAUGGCAUGGAUGAUGACGGAAAUCCUCAACAGAGUGGGGAAUUCAUCAAGAACCGUGAAGAUGGCAGAAGACCAUCUCUCAGCAGUCACAAUACAAUGAACAGGAAACCUCAAGCUUCAAAUGAGACAAACAUCAUUGCUAAGGACAGUAAGGGUCAAAAAACAAAGAAAAGUGAGGCGGCUAUGAAUCUAAAUAAACCAGUAUUUACUGAUUCUGGCCCUGGCAGACCGCCAAAUUCAACCAUACAGAAAAAAGUCAAUACUGAAGCCAAGAUGCAACAAAAUACAGUGAAGAGUGCUGUCCCCAAAAAGCCUCCUCAUGUUCGUCAGCUAGAUAAACUCAAGUGUUCCGAUGAUGCUGCAGUCCAAGUGAAGUUAGAAGCCACUAAGAGGAAACUUCAAGAGCGGUAUCAACAAGCUGAAAAUGCUAAGAGGCAGAGGACAGUACAGGUUAUGGAGUUGCAUGAUCUGCCCAGGCAAGGGACUGGCCACAGAAAUCCACACGCUAAACCUGGAAAUCACAAGAGGCAAUGGGCGCACGCGCUUGGACGAAGAUAGAGCUGCUUAUUGUUACCCAUUAUUGAAGCUUCAUCCAUCCACUUGACCAUACUGAAUAACAAGUCAGUUCACCAUUCUUACCUGUAUAGAGCUGUUCUGAAUCUCUGAUUGAGAAGGAAGUAAACUCUGAAACACUGUUUAUUUCCAAGUUAAAAAUGUUGAGUAUAUAUAUAGAAAUUUUGUUAAUCUAAGAUUGGAUUUGGAAGAGGGUCCUUUAGCACUCAACUGCUUAUGUGGUUUUUCUGUUGAAAUUUCCAUUUUUUCCACCCUCAUGAAUCAUGUUUCAUCAUUUAACUUUGACAAUUUUGUUGUCAUAUAAAACUUGGACUAGGGUGUCAACAUUUCAGCUCUCUUUGAAGCAGCUUUCUCACAAAU